ACAGAGCCAAACCCUGUGAGCUGGACCAAGAGAAAUACGAUGCCGAUGACAAUGUGAAAAUCAUCUGCCUGGGGGACAGCGCUGUGGGCAAGUCCAAACUUAUGGAGAGAUUUCUCAUGGAUGGAUUGUAUCCUUCAAGUUCUGAAGUGCUCCUUGUUCCUGUGGCCCUUUCCAGCCUCAUGCCCACUCAGCCCCACUGCUCACCCUUUUGCUCCAGUGGUCCAGGGAGCAGGGAUAAACUUCUGGGACACAGCAGGCCAAGAGCGGUUCCAGAGCAUGCACGCCUCCUACUACCACAAGGCCCACGCCUGCAUCAUGGUAUUUGACGUGCAGAGGAAAAUCACCUACAAGAACCUGAGCACCUGGUAUACGGAGCUUCGGGAGUUCAGGCCAGAGAUUCCAUGCAUCGUGGUGGCCAAUAAAAUCGAUGCAGACAUAAAGAUGACCCAAAAAAGCUUCAGUUUUGCCAGGAAGUUCUCCCUGCCCCUGUACUUUGUCUCGGCUGCUGAUGGUACCAACGUUGUGAAGCUCUUCAGCGAUGCAAUUCGAUUAGCUGUGUCUUACAAACAGAACUCCCGGGACUUCAUGGAUGAGGUUUUGCAGGAGCUUGAGAACAUCAGCUUGGAGCAGGAGGAGGAGGAUAUGCUGCACAAAGAGCGGCGUGGCCGCGUGGAGAGCCCGUCUCCCUCCUGAGUCCCGGAAGCGGGCCUCCCUGCGUGGCCGACCCAGCGGGGAGGGGGGUUCAGAACACCCCUCCCUCCGGCGGUCCUUCACCACCAUCUUGAGACCUUCCUCCGGGCCGUCCCCUGCUACACCUCCCGCAGAGCCAACCACCCCAUUUGCUCCCCCACCAACGUGGCCCGUGAGACCUGACCCUGCACGGUUGGUCCCUGCCCUGCAGUCAGGGGCAGCGAAGGGGUCAACGCCAGCGAGUGCCGUCAACAGGUGUGAGGCCCACACCAGACCCUGAGGCAGAAUUAAGGAUGGACCCUCCAGGUUAUGUGGGACGGUGAAGAAAACUGGGGAACAUUCUGUGUGUGUCUCUUAAAUAAAAGGAACUUUAGGUGGGGUUUUUUUCCCCUCCCAGAACUGACCUCAGGGCCUAUUCGUUGCAUUUCUACCAAGGGAAUGGUUUCUAAUUCCUGACUAUCCUUUUUCCUCUUUAUAGUCUCCCAACGGAACCAACCAUUUUAAGAAAAGGGUUUUGAGCAGAGAGCUGUUCGUUCCAUAAGUUUUUCCGGAGUUCUUCUAGGUACAGCCAGUGCGUUGAUGAGCAGCGAGGCCGAGAUCACAGGCCCAAGUUCGUUGUUAACAUCACGUGAAGGCAGGUGACUGGCCUGGCCAUACUUAGUAAUACACAGACAUCGUAGCUGUAAACAUCAAGGGGCAAUACAGCCACACCACAAGGCACACCCGUUUGCAUUGUAAGACAUUGACUUUAGGAAAGCUCCCUUUAAAACCUCUAUUUCAACAAGGGAGGAUUUUUUUUUUUUUUUUUGAGGACUGGUGUGGACGUUGUGCCUCCUUGGGUGGCAAGGGCUGCUGAGAGCUGUUACGCUGCCUUUUCCAUUUA